AUGCCCUCCCAAGCCGACGACAAACGCCAGGCCGCCCGCGAAGUUAUUGACAUUCUUCACGAGAUUUCCACCCUUCUUAACACUAAUUUAGACCGCACGGAGCUGUCGCUUUGUGUGUCCUUGAUUGAGAAUGGGGUCAAUCCGGAUGCUCUCGCUGUUCUGGAAGCUGACGCUGUCUAUCAGGCGGUCAUUAAGGAUCUAAGAAAAGAAGCUGGUGCGUCGCGCGGGUUCGCGACUGAGCAGCAGCAGGGUUUGCCGGAGUGA